GCGAUGCUGCGGGACUGGUGCAGGUGUAUGAGUGUGAAUGAGCAGCGCUCACUGCUCAUCCUGGGCAUCCCAGAUGACUGCACGGAGGAUGAAUUCCAGGAGGCCGUGCACGCUGCCCUGUGGCCCCUGGGCAGGCAGGAGCAGCCAGGCUGUGGGGAAGAGUCCUCUGAGAGCUGGCUGGACCACAUCAGGGACAUGCUGUACCUGUCCCAGCACACAUCUGAAGGGGAGAGGAGGCGGCGGCUGGUGGCGAGCUUGGGCGGCCGCGCCCUGCAGCUCGUGUGCGGCCUCCUGGAAGAACAUCCCGACAUGCCUGCGCAGGACUGCCUGGCGGCGCUCGUGCAGGUGUUCGGGAACAAGGACACCACGAUGACUGCACGGCUGAAGUUCCUGACUUGCUCUCAGCAACCCCAGGAGGCUCUCUUUGCCUAUGUGAUGCGCCUGGAAGGCCUGCUGCAGAUGGCCAUGGAGAAGGGGGCCAUCCACCCGGCCAUGGCAGACCACAUGCGAGCCCGGCAGUUGCUGCUGGGGGCCCUCCCGAACGAGACGCUCCAGGUCAAACUGAGGGGCAUGUGGCUGGAGAAGAGGCUGCCUGGCUUCAUGGACUUGCUCCGGCUCGUUCGGGAGACUGAGGCAUGGGAGGCCACCACAGCUAGGAAUGAGCAGUUGCAAAUCCAGGAAGGAGCUGAAGUGAAUAGAGGAGACCCAGCUGGUGACCAGGGUGCCUGUGUCGAUGAAGGUGCUGCCCAGGCCUCCCCAGCCGUUGAAGAUGCUGCCCUUUCUAGUGAAGUUGCCAGAAAAGGUAUGUGUACCACUGCAGAUGUAAGCAAGGGCUCUUUAGCCAACGAAGAUGUCAUGCAACCUGCUCUUUUCACUGCAGAUGCUGCUGAGGUCUUCCCACCCAAUGAAAAUGCUGCCAGCGCUGUUCCAGACGCUGAUGAAGCUGCUGAGGCUACUCCUGACACUGAUGAUACCACAAAGGCAGCUCCUGCCACCCAGGAAGAUAAGAGUGCUCCUGCCUCUGCAGGCCUGGCUCGGGCAGGGCCCACAGAGAGCCCCAGGGGCCCCACUGCAGCCCAGAUGGGCAGUGCUUCUGGGGCCAGCCCCGGGGGUCCUGGCUGGGGGCCAGAGGGCCUUGCCCAGGCAGGAGACCAGGAGGCCGAGGAGUCCCCCCUGGAGGGGCUCAAGCCCAUCCUGGAGGAGUCGGGAAACGAGGAAGGGGCUGGGGAGACGAGCCACCCCGAGCCUUCCUCAGGCAAAUAG